CGAUCAGGAUUUUCUCGCAUCCGAAGAGUCAAGAAUCGUUGAAGGAACAGCUUGGUCAUCAUAUAUUUCAUUGUGACUGGGGAAUCCUUUGCCGUUCAGAUUUGCUCCACGAGAUGUCCCGUUCCUCGUUGAGGUCGGCUGGUAUUUUGGUGCUCAAGCGGGUCGGCACUUCGGCACUAUCUCGAACUCGAAAGCGCCGAAUACCGGCAUUCGCAUUUUGGCUCCAGCCGGCUUGAGUUUAAUUAGCCAUUCCAUGGUUGGGAUCCCACUCCUGGGGCUCCUCUAAGCAUGCUCUGGGGCCGAGGAUGGGGAAGAGUCCGUGGUUCUGCACCCCAUACUUCUGAGUUUGGUCUCGGGUAUGUUCCGCUUACAGAAAGGCCCCAAUCCCUUUCUCCCUCUGCGCUCCACUGCCAUUCAAGGGCACCAAUGGGUCGGGGCUUUGGUCGAAUCAACGCCACGGCUUGGAUUACGAGCUGGGCCCUGGCUCCUGCAUCGUAUAGGAAGAGGAGCUUGAGAUUUUGAGGGGUAGUUAUGGGUCUUUGUGGUUUAUAUUUCUUCUGGCCGUUCUCCAGAAUUUUCAACGUCAGC